CUUCGCCGUGCCCGCGCACCGGCGACCCGCCCGUCAUCCAUGUUGUCUAUGUGAUCAAGCUGUCAGCAACCGGUCCGGUUUAUUAAACUACACAUUACUCUCGGAAUUACACAAUUCUGCCAUUACGAGAAGGCUACAUAACGUCAGGGACACCUUGUCGGGGCUAUUUAGAUUUUUUACUGCGGACAGAAAAUAAGAUAAAGUUGAUGAGAGAUGACUGCGAGCCGGCCGGCUGAGUAGAGGAACGGGAGACGCCCCCUCUGCCACCUGCAGCCAUGAAUGGUGACCUCAGUGUGUGGGCUAUCUCUCCAGAAGAGAGGAACAAACAUGAUAAACAGUUUGACACCCUCUCUCCCACCAUGGGCUACAUCUCAGGGGAGCGGGCCAGGAAGUUCUUCUUGCAGUCGGGUCUUCCCUCCUCGGUUCUUGCAGAGAUAUGGGCGCUGGCUGACAUGGGUAAGGAUGGGAAGAUGGACAGGUUGGAGUUCUCCAUCUCCAUGAAGCUCAUUAAGCUCAAACUGCAGGGCACGCCCCUUCUCUCAACUUUACCAAUCAUCAUGAAGCAACCGCCAGUGCCCGCCCCUAACCCCUCCUCUACGGACGCCAUGUCCGCCUCGCGCUACGGAAUGGGUUCCGUGCCAAACCUUUCUAUGAUGCCCGGAUGCAUCGCCAUGCUCACCCCUAACCUCUCACCCAUGACACCUAUGAGCGGCCUCACCCCCAUGAUCCCAACAGCUACAGGCAUGGCCCCCCUGGUUUCCACGUCAACGAUGCCCAUUCCCUUGCUGCCGUCCAUUGGCAGCCCCGCUUUGCCCAACGGCACUAUGGGUAUUCUACAGCAAUUCCCACCAGGGUACAUGGGGACAGGCAUGGCUCUCUCUGCACAGUAUGUAUCCUCUCCCCUGGGUCUCUCUCCACCGUAUGUAUCCUCUCCCCUGGGUCUCUCUCCUGGGAUCAACAAAGCUACAUCACUGUUGGACUCAAGCAGCUCCAACUCGUCCUCUACCACCUCCCUGGCAGGUAGUUCUCCGAAGACCACUCCCUCUGACUGGGCCGUGCCUCACGCCUCGCGUCUCAAAUACAGACAGCAGUUUAACAGCCUGGACAAGCACAUGACGGGAUACCUCACAGGUCCGCAAGUGAGGAAUGCCAUGGCAACCACUCUGCUCACUCAUACACAGCUGGCCACCAUCUGGUCCCUGGCUGAUGUAGAUAAGGAUGGGACGCUAAGAGGAGAGGAGUUUAUUCUGGCCAUGCAUCUAGUGGACAUGGCCAAGACCGGACGACCCUUACCACACACACUACCGACAGAUCUAAUUCCACCAUCAAAGAGGGGUUCUGUGAAUGGAACCAGUUUGUCUCUCUAUGCUGGCAUCACAGAAGAACUGGAGGCUGAGCCACCACAGAAAACCAAAAACAACCUGUCGUUUGAGGAUAAGUUCAAGGCCAACCUGGAGCGAGGGAACGCAGAGCUGGAGAAAAGAAGACAGGCUCUGCAGGAUGCACAGAGGAGAGAGGAUGAGAAACGCCAGCAGAAGGAGAGGGAGGAGCGAGAGAGGAGAGAGAGGGAGGUCAGGGAGCAAGAGGAGAGGAGGAGGAAGGAGGAAGAGAGGAGGAUGGAGCGGCAGAGGGAGCUGGAGAGACAGAAAGAGGAGGAGAGGCUGAAGGAGAUGGAGAGAAAAGAGGCGGCGCAGCGUGAGCUGGAGCUCCAGAGGAAGGAGGAGCUGGAGAGGAGGAGGAGAGGAGAGCUGCAGCGCCAGAAGAGUCAGGAACAGGAAGACGUCAGCCAACUAAAGGCCAGGAAGAGGAGUCUGGAGAUGGAGUUGGAGGCUGUGGGUAACAAACACAGACAGAUCUCUGAGCGGCUGCGGGAUGCUCAGAGUAGAAGGAAGGUGCAACGCAGUGAGCUGGAGCUGGCCAACCAGAGACGAGACACAGCCAGACAGGAUAUCAACUCCCUGCAGAGACAACUAGAGGAGAACCAGAGGAAGCUGUCCCAGCUGACUCCAGAACAGCAGAGACUCAGUGACAAACUGAAGGACAUGGCCCUCAACAACCUGCCAGUCUCCACCAUAUCCACUCUCAAACGCAGCACCAGCCAGAAGGACGGAGCCUGUCGUGACCUGAAGCAACAGCUGGAUGCUCUGGAGAAAGAGACGGCUGCUAAACUGGCUGACAUGGAUCAUUACCUGAAGGACAUACAGGAACUGAGAGAGAACCAGCGGAAGCAGCAGUCGGCUCUGGAUAAACUACGGAGCAUCAAAGAGGACAAAGGGAGAGAACUGGAGAGACAGAGAGAGCAGGAGGAGAGGAAGAGGAGGGAGGUGGAGGAGGAGAGGAAAAGGAGGGAGGAGGAGGAGAGGAGAGAGGAGGAGGAGGCCAAAAGGCGUAUUAAGCUGCAGAAGGAGCGUCAGUGGCAGGAGAAGCUGAAGAGAGAGGAGGAGGAGAGACAGAGGAGGCUGCAGGAAGAGAGAGAGGCCAAACUGAGAGAGGAGGAGGAGAAGGAGACACAAGCCCGCCUCUUAGCUGCUAAAGAAAAGGUAGAACGAGAAAGCAGAGAGGAGGAGGAGGAGAGGAGGAGGAGACAGGAGGAAGAGGAGAGGAAAAGGAGGGCGGAGGAGAGAAGACAGGAGGAAGAGGAGAGGAAGAGGAGGGAGGAAGAGGAGAGGAAGAGGAGGGAGGAAGAGGAGCGGAGGAGGUUAGAGGAGGAGAGGGAGGAAGAGAAGAAAAACCAGGAAGAGCUGGAGAGCAAGAGGUGUGAGGAGGACAAGAAGAGAUUGAAGAGGAAGGAUGAGGAGAGGAGGAGGAGGCAGCAGGAGGAAGAAGCGAAGAGGAAGCUGGAGGAGGAGAGGAGGUGCAGAGAGGAGGAGGUGGCGGCGUUGCGCCAGCAGGGGCGUGCAGGGAAGACAGACAUCCACGACAAACUGUCAGCCCUUCUUGGAGGUCUAGAGGAGAGGAAAGGCGGUCUGAAACCCCAGGCCACAGAGCACAGGAAGUCUGCGAUGCUCACUUCCUUCCAGGCGCUCUACUCUUUCACCGCUCGCAACCUGGAGGAACUCAGCUUUGAAGCCGAUGAGGUCAUCGAGGUGGAUGAGAGUACGGAGCGAGAGCAGGGUUGGCUGUACGGGAGUCGUCAGGGGAAGUGGGGCUGGUUCCCAGAGAGUUAUGUAGAGAGACAGUUCAAAUCAGAGAGACCUGCUACUGUUACUACAACUACCACUGCUGGUGCUACUACUGCUGUUUAUGCUGCUAAACAAGCCCUCAGACCACAGCUCUCCACCCCCAUCAACACAGGGAAACCCGGGGGAGAUGCUUCUAUGUCAACAGGACAGAACUCCGCCUUCACGCCUACACACGCCCCUCACCCCACCCCCUCGGAGCAGGUGGUGGGUAACCUGCAGGCCCAGGCUCUGUGUUCGUGGACAGCUAAGACAGAGAGCCAUCUGAACUUCAGUAAGGACGAUGUGAUCCGGGUGCUGGAGCAGCAGGACAGCUGGUGGCUGGGGGAGCUCAACGGGGUUCAGGGCUGGUUCCCCAAAACAUACGUCACACUCCUGGGAGACAAUGACAACACCACUGCCCUGACGUAUUCUCCCCCAGAUGAGGUGGAGGCCUCAGAUGCUGCUCAACAGGAAGAGUACAUGGCGCUGUACACCUAUGAGAGCCCAGGGCAUGGUGACCUGACGUUUAGAGAGGGUGAUGUGAUCCUGGUGACCCAGAGAGAGGGAGAGUGGUGGAGCGGAGGCAUCGGAGACCGCACUGGAGUGUUCCCUUCCAACUAUGUCAAACCCAAAGAGACCGGCACAUCCAGCAGCCCAGGGAAGCCAGGACAGCCUGGGAAGAAGCCAGAGAUAGCCCAGGUGAGCACUGCCUACACGGCCACAGGAACAGAGCAGCUCAGCCUUGCACCAGGACAGCUCAUCCUCAUCCUCAGCAAGGAUUCCUCCGGCUGGUUGCUCGGAGAACUGCAGGCGCGAGGAAAGAAGCGUCAGAAGGGUUGGUUUCCUGCAUCACAUGUCAAAAUGCUGGGAUCUAACAGCGGCAAGUCCACUCCAGCACCUCUACCAGUGUGUCAGGUCAUUGCCAUGUACGACUACAAAGCAGCCAACGAGGAUGAGAUGAGCUUCUCCAAAGGUCAGAUGAUCAGUGUGUUCGACAAGAACAACCCCGAUUGGUGGAAAGGAGAGGUCAAUGGGAUCACCGGUCUGUUCCCAACCAAUUACGUCAAGAUGACCACCGUUGACUCCGAUCCCAGCCAGCAAUGGUGUGCUGACCUAAACAGUCUGGAGUCUAUGAGUCCCCAGGAGAGGAAGAGACAGGGUUACAUCCACGAGCUCCUCCAGACAGAGGAGAGAUAUGUAGAGGACUUACAGAUAGUCAUGGAGGUGUUCCAUAAGCCCAUGUCUGAGUCUGGCCGUCUGACGGAAGCAGAGAUGGUCAUGAUCUUUGUCAACUGGAAGGAGCUCAUCGCCUGCAACACCAAACUGCUGAAGGCCCUGCAGGUACGUAAGAAGACGGGGGGCGUCAACAUGCCUGUCCAGGUUAUAGGGGACAUCUUGGCGUCAGAGCUGCCUCACCUCCAGCCUUACAUCCAGUUCUGCUCCUGUCAACUCAACGGAGCGACCCUGCUACAGAGUAGGACUGACAACCAACAGGACUUUAAAGACUUCCUCAAGAAAAUCGCCACAGACUACCGCUGUAAAGGCAUGCCCUUAUCCAGCUUCCUGCUGAAGCCCAUGCAGAGGAUGACACGCUACCCUCUACACAUCAAGAACAUCCUGGAGAGUACCCAGGAGGAGCAUGCAGACUACGGGCCCCUGAGAGAGGCUCUGGAGCGGGCUGAGGAGCUGUGUACUCAGGUCAACGAGGGGGUCAGGGAGAAGGAGAACUGUGACAGGCUGGAGUGGAUACAGUCACACGUACAGUGUGAGGGAGUCACAGAGAACCUGGUGUUUAACUCUCUGACUAACUGCCUGGGGCCUCGUAAGCUGCUCCACAGUGGGAAGGUGUAUAAGAUGAAGGGCAAUAAGGAGCUGUGGGCUUUCCUAUUUAACGACUUCCUGUUGCUCACCCACGCUGCCAGACAGUUCAGCUCCUCGGGACCGGACAGACUCUUCACCAGCAAGAACAGUACACAGCUUAAGAUGUACAAGCCGCCGGUGUUCCUCAACGAGAUUCUAGUGAAGCUACCUGACUCCUCCAGUGAAGAGCCCUUCUUCCACAUCUCCAACAUAGACAGAGUCUACAGCCUCAAAACAGAGAACAUCAACGAGAGGACGGCCUGGGUCCAGAAGAUCAAGGCUGCGUGUGAGGACUUCUUCCAGAUGGACAAGAAGAAGAGAGCAAAGGCCUACCAAUCUCGUUCUCUGAAGGCCAGUGGAAUCGGCCGUCUGUUAGUCACCGUCCUGGGGGCCACUGAACUGAAGUCCAGCAAACCCAACGGUAAGAGUAACCCUUACUGUGAGGUGACCAUGGGAGCUCAGAACUACACCUCCAAGACUCUGAGUGACACAGUCAACCCCAAGUGGAACUUUAACUGUCAGUUCAACAUCAGAGACCUGUACCAGGAAGUGCUCUGUAUCACCAUCUUCCAGAGGGAGCAGUUCUCCCCUGACGACUUCCUGGGUCGUACGGAGGUUCCCGUGGCAACCAUAAAGGAGGAGUUGGAGAACAAGGGGCUAGUGACACGCCGCUUGCCGCUCCAUGAGGUCCCCACUGGAGAGGUGUGGGUCUGCCUCGACCUGCAACUCUUCCAAAACAGUGCAUCCAAAUAAGGACAUCCUGGCCAACACUGGACGCCCAAAUAAGGCCUUCUUGACCUGCAGCCACAUGGGGAGGGACUUGUUAUAUAAUGUAUCUAACUGCUGGUCUUGGGUCAGAUACUUAUUAAUCCUGAUAAUGGUUAAGGUUGGGAUCUGGGGUUGGGCUGGGGCUAACUUUUACCUGGAGCUGUAAUGGUGAUGGGGAACCCUCCCUCCUCGUCUGAGGUCAGACCAUUCUUGGCAAUGAUCUGAGGACAGUUUAGUCUUUUAGGACAGUUUACACACACAUUGGUGUGUGACUGGUGGUGAGCAAGGUUGGGUUAGUGUAAAGCUGAUCCUAGAUCUGUAGUGGUUCUACUUGUAUCUGCACUAACACUGAUGGCCUGCCUAUGCUCUCCUCUGCUACGGACUGGCUCCUCAUUCUGCCAAGUUUUUAUUUUGUGAACUCAACCCAGGCCAAUGUUGGACGAAACUAUUUAUUUAGUGAAGGAUCGCCGUGUUAACUCUAUAUUUGUUCAAGCUAAGAUGUUGUUUGGGAAGGUAAAUACCAGGUCAAAUGGGGAGGGGGGUUAGUGUUUCCUGCCAUGAAGGGUCUCACGUCCAGCGAUAAACGAUCUCAGGACUUGUUUUCCCUGCUGGGCGUUUUAUAUUACUGCAUCAGAACCGGCUGCUUUUCUUUUAGCUCAGUCUGGUGGCACAGAUCUCCUAAUUAACGGUAGUUUUAAAACCAACUCUCUUUCUUUGCAGUAUAAAUGUUCUGUCGACCUUAAGGAGAUCUUGUUCUUUAGUUGUGGUGUAGUUGCCUCAGAAACACUCUAAAAGGAAAACGGGUCUUUAGUUGUGGUGUAGUUGCCUCAGAAACACUCUAAAAGGAAAACGGGUCUUUAGUUGAGGUGUAGUUGCCUCAGAAACACUCUAAAAGGAAAACGGGUCCUUAGUUGUGGUGUAGUUGCCUCAGAAACACUCUAAAAGGAAAACGGGUCUUUAGUUGUGGUGUAGUUGCCUCAGAAACACUCUAAAAGGAAAACGGGUCUUUAGUUGUGGUGUAGUUGCCUCAGAAACACUCUAAAAGGAAAACGGGUCUUUAGUUGUGGUGUAGUUUCCUCAGAAACACUCUAAAAGGAAAACGGGUCUUUAGUUGUGGUGUAGUUGCCUCAGAAACACUCUAAAAGGAAAACGGGUCUUUAGUUGUGGUGUAGUUGCCUCAGAAACACUCUAAAAGGAAAACGGGUCUUUAGUUGUGGUGUAGUUGCCUCAGGAACACUCUAAAAGGAAAACGGGUCUUUAGUUGUGGUGUAGUUUCCUCAGAAACACUCUAAAAGGAAAACGGGUCUUUAGUUGUGGUGUAGUUGCCUCAGAAACACUCUAAAAGGAAAACGGGUCUUUAGUUGUGGUGUAGUUGCCUCAGAAACACUCUAAAAGGAAAACGGGUCUUUAGUUGUGGUGUAGUUGCCUCAGAAACACUCUAAAAGGAAAACGGGUCUUUAGUUGUGGUGUAGUUGCCUCAGAAACACUCUAAAAGGAAAACGGGUCUUUAGUUGUGGUGUAGUUGCCUCAGAAACACUCUAAAAGGAAAACGGGUCUUUAGUUGUGGUGUAGUUGCCUCAGAAACACUCUAAAAGGAAAACGGGUCUUUAGUUGUGGUGUAGUUGCCUCAGAAACACUCUAAAAGGAAAACGGGUCUUUAGUUGUGGUGUAGUCCCCCUCAGAAACACUCUAAAAGGAAAACGGGUGUUUAGUUUUACUCCUCCUUUUCAUAAAGAGGUUCAGAGGACUGCAGGAACAUGCGCGUUUCCGUUUCGCUUUUUAAAUCAUAGUGAAUAAGAUGAUAUGGACCUGAUCCUAGAUCAGCACUAGCCUGGUCCCAGAUCUGUUUGUGUUUUUGCCUACUCCAAUGUCAUUGUCAAGUCAGACUUCAUGUUCUGCAUGACGAUUCCAUAAGGAGUUGGCCAGAGAGCAGUAACAGACUGGCACCCAGGCUAGAUCUGCACUGCUACUCUGAGACACUCAGUGAAUAUGGACCCAGAAGCCUCCAGUGGCUCUAUAACCACUAGCUCCACCCAGGGGUGUGGUCACCGAAGCCUCCAGUGGCUCUAUAACCACUAGCUCCACCCAGGGGUCUGGUCACAGAAGCCUCCAGUGGCUCUGUAACCACUAGCUCCACCCAGGGGUCUGGUCACAGAAGCCUCCAGUGGCUCUAUAACCACUAGCUCCACCCAGGGGUGUGGUCACAGAACCCUCCAGUGGCUCUAUAACCACUAGCGCCACCCAGGGGUGUGGUCACAGAAGCCUCCAGUGGCUCUAUAACCACUAGCUCCACCCAGGGGUGUGGUCACAGAAGCCUCCAGUGGCUCUAUAACCACUAGCUCCACCCAGGGGUGUGGUCACAGAACCCUCCAGUGGCUCUAUAACCACUAGCUCCACCCAGGGGUGUGGUCACAGAAGCCUCCAGUGGCUCUAUAACCACUAGCUCCACCCAGGGGUGUGGUCACAGAACCCUCCAGUGGCUCUAUAACCACUAGCUCCACCUAGGGGUGUGGUCACAGAAGCCUCCAGUGGCUCUAUAACCACUAGCUCCACCCAGGGGUGUGGUCACAGAAGCCUCCAGUGGCUCUGUAACCACUAGCUCCACCCAGGGGUGUGGUCACAGAACCCUCCAGUGGCUCUGUAACCACUAGCUCCACCCAGGGGUGUGGUCACCGAAGCCUCCAGUGGCUCUAUAACCACUAGCUCCACCCAGGGGUGUGGUCACAGAACCCUCCAGUGGCUCUGUAACCACUAGCUCCACCCAGGGGUGUGGUCACAGAAGCCUCCAGUGGCUCUAUAACCACUAGCUCCACCCAGGGGUGUGGUCACAGAACCCUCCAGUGGCUCUGUAACCACUAGCUCCACCCAGGGGUGUGGUCACAGAACCCUCCAGUGGCUCUGUAACCACUAGCUCCACCCAGGGGUGUGGUCACAGAACCCUCCAGUGGCUCUGUAACCACUAGCUCCACCCAGGGGUGUGGUCACAGAACCCUCCAGUGGCUCUGUAACCACUAGCUCCACCCAGGGGUGUGGUCACAGAUGACUGGUGAGCCGGAGUGGCUCUUAUUUGCUCUUAUUUGUAAACUAUGCAGAGGUUUUAAUCAGCCUUUCAUCCCAGCAUUAUAAUCAGUGUCUGAAUAGUCUCUUAGUAGCCUUUCCACAUGAACAAAGAAAGGAUCGUGAGAAUAGUCUUUGAAGGAUAAGAGUCCAUUGAACUAAUAUAUGUAAAACAUUUAUUUUUAAUAAUAAUCAUAAAAAAAUGUGUAAGAAAGGAAUGGACAUGAUUUAGCUGGACAGCUACAUUAUACUGAUCUACCAGAGAUGUUCUUCUUAAAUCAUUGUUUUAAUUUAAGUCUUCUAUUGGGCUGUUAUUCAUUUGAGGUUGAACUGUAAGUCCUGUGGUGUGUCGAUUAACUCUUGUGUACUGAUUUACUGUGCUAACAGAGUGCAUAACUCUUGUGUACUGAUUUACUGUGCUAACAGAGUGCAUAACUCUGUGUACUGAUUUACUGUGCUAACAGAGUGCAGCGUGUUCACAAUGGGCACAGCACUCACUGAUUCUGGGUUCUCUGAGGAUAAUAAAAGGUGUUUAAAACAAA